AAAAGCGGCGGAGACAGGCGGCUCCGCAUCUGCGCCAACAUGGCUGAUGAAACGGAGAAAGCGCAGGCUGCCAAGCCAGGCGGUGACACAAUAUUUGGAAAAAUAGUGCGAAAAGAGAUCCCUUGCGAGUUUCUCCAUGAAGAUGAUCAGUGUGUGGCCUUCCGUGAUGUUAAUCCUCAAGCUCCCAUUCACAUCCUGGUGGUCCCAAAAAAGCCAAUUGUUCAGCUGUCCCAAGCGGAGGACGGUGAUGCUGCAUUGCUGGGCCACAUGAUGCUAGUUGCAAAGAAGUGUGCUAAAGAUGCCGGCCUGGCUAAAGGCUACAGGAUCGUCAUCAACGAUGGACCGGAUGGAGGCCAGUCGGUCUACCACAUCCACAUCCAUAUCCUUGGUGGACGCGUCAUGAGAUGGCCCCCAGGCUAACUUCUGUCACUAGACACAGACCACCCUGCCAUCAGUGUUCACAUCUGUUCUCUGAAAACAUAUUCAGUUUGUCGUGUGAAGUAAGUGUCGAACAAAACCUGGAAAUUCAUCAGUGAUAAUAAAAUGCACUUCACAACAA